UUGUCCUCUUCAUUUUCCUUUUCACUCGAAAGUUAAGCCCCCGGUAGUCCCAAUUUUGCGCGUCGCCAUUUACCAUUAUACGCGAAUCCCAGCUUGAUCGUGUUAGAGUUAUUCGAUAAAGCAAAGUCAACCAAAUAUUAGAAAAAUAUGGAUUGUCGCUGACCUCUUUCUUAAGGUGUUAAUUUUUAAAUGAAGUAUACUUCCCAAAAAGUAUACCGAAGUACGCUGAAUACUCUAUCGCGUUUUUAAGUGCGCGUUUGCUAUGUUAGCAGUACGUUUAUAAGUAAGUGAAGUCUGUGUAGUGUCUUACAUCUCAAAAAUCAUAAACAUGUACAGUAAGUUCGGGUUCCUUCUAACUUAUUUUUCCAGUUAUUUGGUGUUAAAUUUUGCAAACGCUCAGAGUUCAGGGAGCGGUGUGGAACACUGGAUACAUUUUAACAACCGCUUUUCUCAACCUGGUGCCGGGGCGCCUUUCUCAUACGUGCCUGCUUAUUAUAUCGAAACACCACAUAGUUUCAAUGAUGAUGAGCUGCAAAUCUGUCACGUAGAGGACAAUGCAGAUCAUUGGCCGUCAACCUACAGGUACAAUCCACAGGCAAAAACUAGCCGGUCUUGGACAUCCGAAGUUUCCGACCUAUCAUCUUCCGGGUUAGUCUAUGAAUACCCAGAUUCUUACGGAUUAGUGCCCAAACCGGUUUAUGAGCACGAGGAUUGUCAUAGGUCACUACCGGAGCCUCUGCAGAAGCACCCAGUGUAUCGGGUAUCGAUGCCAGAGCCGAUUUAUGAGCACGCUCCAGUGCCAGAACUUGAUACCCGACAUCCAAUCCCGUUAGAACCGGUUCUUCCUACGCCGAUUCUGGAACGUGUCCGCGAGCAUCCACCAUCUCUGAACAAACCCGAGGGUCACCCAGUGAUUCUUGAACCGGUUCACCCACGACCGACCCAAGAACGGAAGUACAAGGAUCCAGAGCUGCAUCCGGCCAAAUCAGAACAGGUUCAUCUUGCAUCUGUACCCGAGCGUUAUCCGUUGAUGUUCAAAGGUCACCCAGAGCCAGCACAUGAAAAAAUAUACGAAGAUCCAGAUUAUCAGCUAAUAUCAGAACCGAUCUAUUAUGCGCCCGUGGAGCAUGAACCGAUCGAUUCGAAACCGGUUCACCAUGCGCCACCGGAGCAUAAUCCCGAACCAAUUUAUGUGCAUCGUCCGACCGAACCAGAACCGGUUUACCACGCACCAUUAGAGCAUGGUCCUGAGCCAAUUUACGUGCAUCGUCCGACCAAGCCUAAACCGGUUUACCACGCCCCACCGAAACACAUUCCCGAGGAAAUUUACGUUCACCGUCCAACCGAGCCAGAACCGUUUUACCACGCCCCACCGAAACACAUUCCCGAGGAAAUUUACGUUCAUCGGCCGACCGAGCCAGAACCGGUUUAUUACGCGCCGUUGGAACACGACCCCGAGGAAAUUUACAUGCACCGCCCGGACGAGCCAGAAUCGGUUUACUACGCACCCCUGGAACACGACCCCGCGGCGAUCUACGCGCAUCGUCCGGAGUUGCCCGAAGAACCGGUUUUCGCGACCGGACGAUCCUCGGAACCUGAGCCAGGUCACGUGCUCCUGAACGACGGACCGGUUGACGGUGAUGAGCUGGUGAUCGAGCCGACGACGGUGCAGACCUACGAGCACUACGUGGAGGAGAUUCGGGAGGAGGAGGAGGAGGAGAGGGAGUUGGAGCUGAAGAAGGCGCGGCAGAAGCCCAUGACCGGGAUCCUGAGGCUCCUCGACAUGUUGGGGAAUUUUCCAACACUAGGACCGCUUCACCGAGCCGUGAAAACAUCAUCCAGGCCAAGGAAUACUACUCUGACGGCGCAGCCAUGGAACCAACUUAAUAGGGCGAGGACCAACGAUACCAUGAGCAUCUCUAAAAGUUCGAACGACUUACCUUUCCGACUGGGAGCUACAAACUCCUCAAUAUCUUCACCAGGUUUCUCGAUAGCUCGAGGUCUGGGAGUUUCUCGGCCUCAAGCUCCUUGAGGCGUGGUCAAUUUUUGUACAAAUAAAAUAACAUUUGACCUCGA